AAAUAACAUUACUUUAAAUUCUUACAUAGAAACCAUUGUAUAAUCUAUUCUAAUUGGUUUUUUUUGUGUGGCCUCGAAAGAAACACGCUUUUAUUUAGGGUGUGGUGUAUUAUAAAAUUGUAUGAUAGCCAUUCUCAUAUAUGUUUUUCAUUUGUAACAGAAAUGUAUCAAUGUGUUCGUAUAUUAUGGUGUAUCACUUUCAUUUUAACAGUAAUUAUUUCAACCGACGCUGCAGCAAUCAUACUGCAUAAAAACCAUGAUAUGACAUUUAUGGAGAAGUUACGACUUUACUUCAGAUGCCUUGUGAAAGUAUUAUGUCAUCUGUUACGUUUGGGUUAUAUUGGUCCGCUAUCGGAUCAAUAUGCGUUUUGAAAGGCUUUUUUCAAAAGUAAUCAAUACAUUACUAUUUUAAACGUAAUAUUGGUAAAUGGCAUAAAUCAUGACGAACAGAUUAUCAUGGGUUUUACAUUUUAAAAUAUUUUCAUCGUUCAUUGUAAACAUUAUGUUUACUUGAAGUAAUAUUAUGUGACCAUAAUAUGUAUUACAGUAAGAUGUUGAUUUUCAUUUCCUUCACAUGACUUACCUAAUAACAUAAAUUGAUUUGAGUUGGAAUGGGAAA